UUUGGAACAGGAGUGUUGGGUGAAGUAUGUAGUGUCAGUUUUAUAUAUUUUGAUUAUUGAGUGCGUUUGUUUUGGUUUAUUUUCUGUGAACGUUCCUGUGUAUUAUUGUUUAACAUGGAGCUAAACGAUUGGAAUCCGAUGGAAGAAGAUUAUAAUUCUCUUUCUUUUAAUUCGUAUGACAGAGGAAGAGGUCAGGGGAUACCGAUUGAUCGUCAUCCAUCGUGGAAAAAUUCAGGACAUUCUCGGACUAUUACUCUCUAUGUGGGUAAAAUACCUAUACAACUUAAUAAAAAAGGCUUACAACUCCUGUUUUCGAAAUAUGGAAAAGUACUACGCUCUUAUCUUUGUUAUCCAAAACAUUCAGAAACAAAUACUAUUUAUGGAUUUGUGGACUAUGCUACGCUGAAGGAAGCGGAAAUGGCUAUAAGAGAAUUAGAUGGCAAACCGCCUCUUAAUCUUCGAGUAUCGUUUUACAAGUCUUUUAAAGAAAGGCAGGAACAACAACUUAUUAAAGAAAAAGAAAUGAAUGAUUAUUUAGAAAAAUCUUUGUCAAUAAACAGUAAUCUUAUGAGGAGUGGUGAUGACGUAGCCGUCGUGAACGAAGACUUGAAAGUUAAAGGUGUCGGAUGUGGAAAAAUUUUCCUGAAAAAUACUACGGAUGGUAGUCUGCGAAAUCUUCCGGAUUUCAAAAUUACUAAAAAUAAAAAUAAUUCGGAAGUAGUCGUGCGCUAUGAAAAUCCAGAUAAUAUGAAAGAAAGUAACUCUGUUUCUCCCAAAGCAUCAAAUAAUAAAAAGUAUAAAAUGCAAGAAUUUCACAAUAAUAGAAAGACAGAAAAUAAUGACUUUAGAAGAGAAACAUGUGGAAAAGAUGGUAGAUUACUUCCAACUUCUUGUGGGCAAAGUAGAGGAUCUUUGACAUCAUCAGGAAGAGGCAUCAAAUUCUCAGUUUCGUCUACACAUAAUCAGUUGUUAUCGUCACUUGGACAAGAUAAUGGAUUUUUGCUUCCACUUGGACGAGGUAAAGGAUUUCAAACGCCACUCGGAAGAGGUCGCGGAUUUCCGGCUUUGUGUGGAGAUGAUAGAUUUUCAGUUCCGUUUGGACGAGGUAAAGGAUUUCAAACACCGGUUGGAGGAGGUAAUGGAUUUCCAGCUUCAUGUGAAGAAGGUGAUGGAUUUUCAGCAUUAUCUAAAACAGACAGUAAACAAGUUCAAACUCCACAUGAAAAAAAUAAUAAAUUAUCUGAAUGUUCAUCGUCUGUUAAUAAAGAAAAUAAGAUGUCCUUAGAAUGUAUUAAUCAUACAUCUAAUGUAUAUAAUCAAAGUUGUGAUAACAGUUGUCCUUAUCAGUCUCUUCAAUCAGCUAAUCAUAAUUCUUUAAAACAAGAAGAAUAUACUGUUAAUCAAGGAACAAAUGACAUCUGGAAGUUAGAAAGCAAUAAUAUAUCUAAAUAUCAUUCUACUAAAGAAAUAUCUCAUUAUCAAAAUAAUAUGAUGAGUUCUGCAGAGAUAAAAGCCUCUAGAAAUGGAAAUCAAAGUUGUAUUAAACAGGAGAAUCUUAAUUUAAAUUGUAAAUCAAAAAAUAAUAAUGAAGGUCAUUAUUUGAAACACAAAUCACUUCAUAAAGAUUCAUUUGAAAAAAAACUUCAUACUGAAAAAAUUACUGAUGAUAAUGUAACUAUACUGAAACAAAAGAGUGAAAAUAUUAAUCAAAGUAGUACUCAGACAUGUAAAAAUAUAGCUGAAAAUCAGAUUAAAAAUGAAAUUAUCAUAAGUGAAAAUAAUAAAAAGAUUGAAUUACAAGUGCAAAAUAAACAAGACAAAGGGAAUAGUAAGUUUUGUGGCAGUAGAAAGAAAAUAUCUUUACAAAAAAAUAAAGAAAACUGUAAUUGGGAUGAUAAUUACAGAUAUGAGCAAUAUGAAGAUAUUUCAAGACCACAAAAAAGUGAAAGUAAAAAAAUGGUAGCAGGUAGUUCUUUUGAAACAAAUGAAAUAAGAGAUAGUUUACAAAAAAGUGAUAUUGAGGAAAAUUUAACUAGUAAUAAAAAACUAGAUGAUUGUUUUAAUUUUCAGAAAAUGGAAGCUAUAAAAUCUGAAAAAAAAAUUCAAUUGGAAAAUAAAGAUUUCCAACGUGUUCCAUUAGGAUCAAUUAGAAGUUUAGAACCUGGAAUGGAACUGGAAGUUUAUGUUCUGUAUCGUCAAACUAAUACAGAUUUUUGGAUAAUGCCAAUGAUUCCUGCAGCAACUGAGACUGUAGAAAAGAUCAACAACAGGAACAAAGAGCCACAAAUCCUUGAAAAAUAUGAUUUUGAAAAAGAAGGGAGAAUUGUUUUUGCUCAGUUUUCUGAUGGUUCCUGGUAUCGAGCCUAUAUAACUGGAAAAAGUGAUAAUGGCUUUAAUGCUCGCUUCAUAGAUUAUGGCAAUGAAGAAACUGUAACGGAAAUUUCAUCUAUAUUUCCAGAAGAAGUUUUGUUGCCUUCCUAUUCGAUCCAUUGUUUAAUAGAAGAGAAAUUAUCACAUGAAAAUGAAUUACGGUUAAAAGAAUGCAUUGAAAGUGAAGUGUUUUCUGUUACAGUUAUAUCAUGUCAAGAAGAUAAAAUUCAUAUGAAAUAUAAACAUUCAGAAGACUUUUCUGUGACUCUUGUAGGAUAUCCAUGGUAUCAUAAUAUAAAAAUAGAUUAUUUAGAUCAAACAAUGAUAUCAUCAUUGGAAAAUUUAGGAAUACAUAAGGAAUUACAUAGAGAGGAAAUAUAUGAUUAUGAAAUAUAUGAUUAUAGUUCUAUAUCUUCAGUGAUAAAAACACUGCAAGUUGGAUGUGACAUCUAUUUGCUAAUAACAAUGUGUGGUGGUGAUAUGUUUUCAGCAAUGAUUGGAGAAGUACCUGUAGUUGAGGAAAUUUUAAAUUUGGAGAAAUGUCUAAGUGAUGAAUAUUCUUGCAUAGAUCAGUGUUUCAAUAAAUAUAAAUUAGGAGAUUUAGUAGCUGCAUUUUCACUAGUGGACAAUACUUGGUACAGAGCUUGUAUUAAGAAAACAUUUAAAGAAAGUUAUCUGAUUUAUUAUGUAGAUUAUGGCAAAGAAGAAAUUGUAAAAACUGUUCAUCCUUUAAGGAAAAAAUAUUGUUCAUUUCCGUCACCUGCGAUUUGCUCAAAAAUAGGUAGUAUUUCUGACGAUUUGCAAAAACCUUUACGUGAUUUAAUUUUACCAGGCAACAUGAUGAAAGCUGAAGUGAGAGCGUGCAUAAGAGACAAGUAUUAUUUAGAUAUAAUGGAUUUUGAAGGUAAUGAAUUUAUUUGUCAAGUAAUUGCAUAUUCUUGGAAUUAUGGUCUAUUUGAAAUACCUGACCAUUUAAGUGAUUCAGCCCAAAGUGAAAACAUGCAACAAGAAAAUGUAUAUAUAAAUGAUGAAAGUUUAGAUGAGAACAGAUAUAAAGUUAUAAGUGAUACAAAUAGUGAAAAUUCUGCAAAAGAUGAAGAAAUUAGGAAUGAAAAUAAAUCUUUGUCUGAAAGUAUUAUUUCAGCUGAAAGAUAUGAAAACAGUUUGGUCCAAAAGAUACAUGAAAAUUUAACUGUUACUACAGUCAAUAAAGUAAAGAUUGAUAAUAUGCCCAGAGAAACUGUACCAUCUAUUGUGGAAAUGUUGCAUAAAGAAGACGAGAUUUGUCUUACUAUUAUUCAUGCAUCUCCAGAUAAAUUAGAAUUUCGAGCAAUUAAUUCUAAUCAAAAUAUAGUUCAGGCUCUGGUUGAAAUGAGAAAAUCUAUUGAAGAACUUACUAUUGACAAAAAUAUUAAACCUCAAUUUGGAGAUGUAAUUGCUGCACAGUCUGUAACUGAUGGAAAAUGGUAUCGUGCAUAUAUUUUAAAUGAACAAAAUGGCAAUUUCAGAGUUAGAUACAUUGAUUAUGGUAAUGAAGAAGAAAUUAUACUAUUUAAAAUUCUGCCUUUAAAUUUAUUAAAAGUUAUUUCACCUUUGGUAUAUUGUACAAUAGAAGAUUCUGCUGAAUAUAUUGAUAAAGAUAAGAUAAAGGAGAUGCUAGUCAUUUGUAAAUCUUUACUUGGCAAAGUAAAAUAUGUAGAUCCAAACAAAAUACAUAUUACUCUUUUAGAUGGAGAAAAUAAAUUUUUAUGUAAUGUUAUAGCAUUUCCUUGGCAUCAUGAUCUUGUGCCUUCACAAUUGACUUCAGUUAAUCAUUAUCAGAAAAGUAUUCAAUCAAUAGCAAAACCAGCAGAAGAUUUGACAGAUAUUAAAAUUUGUAGCAUGUAUGAAGAUAUGAAAAAAUUGCUGUUAUCUGAUAUUGAUAACUGCAAAGUUCAAAUUUGCUCAAUAGUAAAUUUAUGCAAGUUAUUUGUUCAACCAGUUCACCUUGAAAUGGAAAUUGCCAACUUACUAAGUGAAAUUUCUUAUUUUUGUGAAAAUAAUUCAAUUACAUCCUAUGUGCCUAAAAUUAAUGAAGUAGUAUGUGCAAUGUUCAAAGAUGAUGGUUUGUGGUAUAGAGGUCUGGUAGUAAGUUCUACAUCUUUAACAACUUUCCUUGUACAUUUUGUGGAUUUUGGAAAUGAUGAUGAAAUUGAAUGUAAAUAUUUGAGACCAAUUCCUGAACAGUUCUUUAAAAAUUUUACUUAUUGUGUAGAAGUGGCAAUUGAAGGCCUUCCAUCAAUAUUACCAACAUUUAAUGUUCAAUGUCGUCUUAAAAAAGAAAUAUGGACAUUGAAGGUAAUUGAUGCUGAAAACCAUAUUGUGAAAUUACUAAAUUCAGAAGGUAUUUCUUUAAAUGAAUUUUUGAAAAAUUAAUAUCAAGUGAAAAUGAAAAAAUUAAUGAUAAACUCAUUAGAAAUGAUGAUGAUAAAAAUGUAACUAAAAAUAUUCUUAUAAUGAUUGUAAAUAUGUACAAUUUCUAGUUGGUGAGAAGGAUGUAAUGGUUACUUGUAUUGUCCAUCCAGAGUGAUAUUUUGUCAACCUGCUGACUGUACUCAUAUUUCUGAAUCAGUGGAUUUCAAAUACUGCUAUAUCAGAAUAUUGUAUGGAUCAGAAACUUAAUUAUCAUCCUCAGUAUGGAGAAGUAUGUUUAAUCAGAUAUUCGAGAGACAGUUUAUGGUAGGGGCAAUUUCUCUCAAACUUCUCGAUGGUAAACUUUGUACAGGUAACCCCCGUAUAACACGGUAGUUACAUUCCAAAAAAUUGCUGUGUUAUGUGAAUCCGUGUUAUACGAAACAAAGAACUAAUACGAAAAGGAGGGUUAGGUUCCAAAAAUUA